AUGGAACAGAAAGGUUUGUUGUUAUCAGCGCUUAGCGUUGGUGUUGGAGUUGGAGUCGGCCUUGGUUUGGCUUCUGGACAAACCAAAUGGGGAGCUAAUACUUCUGCCUCCAACGCCAUCACGCCGGAGAAAAUCGAACACGAAAUGCUUCGACUUGUUGUUGAUGGAAGAGAAAGCAAUGUCACUUUUGACAAUUUCCCUUAUUAUCUCAGUGAGAAGACAAGGGUGUUGCUGACAAGUGCUGCCUAUGUCCAUUUAAAGCAUGCAGAGGUUUCUAAAUAUACACGGAAUCUCGCACCUGCAAGCCGGACUAUUCUGCUCUCAGGGCCAGCCGAGCUUUACCAACAGGUGCUUGCCAAGGCUUUAGCUCACUACUUUGAGGCCAAGUUGCUUCUGUUCGAUGUAACUGACUUUUCUUUGAAGAUUCAAAGUAGAUAUGGCUCUUCCAACAACGAAAUUUCUUUCAAAAGAUCUACUUCGGACACAACUUUAGCUCGGUUAUCUGACCUAUUUGGUUCGUUUUCAAUCUUUCCACCGAGAGAAGAGACUAGAGUUGCAGGUAGAAUGAAAAAGCAACACAGUGGCGUAGACCUUAAACGAAUGGAGGCGGAAGGAACUUAUACUCCUAAUAAACUUCGUAGGAAUGCAUCAGCCUCUGCAAAUAUUAGCAGCCUUGGUUCGCAAAGCAAUUCUACAAGCUCAGCUCCCGGGAAGCACAUGGCCAACUGGUCUUUUGAUGAAAAGCUUCUUAUACAGACUCUUUACAAGGCUCUAGUUUAUGUGUCAAAAACCUAUCCCAUUGUUCUAUAUCUGCGGGAUGUUGAUAAGCUGUUGUGUAGAUCACAGAGGAUAUGUAAACUAUUCCAGACAAUGUUAACGAAAUUAUCCGGACCGAUUUUGAUUCUUGGUUCAAGGGUUUUGGAUUCUGGUAAUGAAUGCGAAGAAGUGGAUGAGAUGCUUAGCCCCCUCUUCCCUUACAACAUAGAAAUCAGCCCACCAGAAGAUGAGUCUCGUCUUGUCAGCUGGAAGUCUCAAUUUGAAGCAGAUAUGAAGAGGAUACAGAUUCAGGAUAACAAGAACCAUAUCAUGGAAGUGCUUGCAGCCAAUGAUCUUGAUUGUCAUGACCUGGAUUCCAUCUGUGUAGCAGACACAAUGGUUCUCAGUAACUAUAUAGAAGAGAUUGUUGUGUCAGCAAUUUCCUAUCAUUUAAUGAAUAACAAAGAGCCUGAAUACAGAAAUGGGAAACUGGUUAUUCCAUGCAAUAGCUUGUCCCAUGCUCUGGGUAUAUUCCACGAGGGAAAACUCAGUGGAAGAGAUACAUUAAAACUAGAAGCUCAAGCAGUUACAUCUGAGCAGAGAGAGGAAGGAGCUGUUGUGAAACCAGAAGAAAAGUCUGAAAAUCCUGCUCCUGGUAUAAAGACUGAAAAUCCUGCUCCUGGUGUAAAGACCGAAACAGAAAUACUAACUUCGGUGGGCAAAACUGAUGGUGAAAAUUCCGUUCCUGCAACCAAAGCUGAAGUUCCUCCUGAUAAUGAGUUUGAGAAGCGAAUAAGGCCUGAAGUAAUACCAGCAAAUGAAAUUGGGGUAACAUUCUCCGAUAUUGGUGCCUUAGAAGAGACUAAAGAGUCACUUCAAGAACUAGUAAUGCUUCCCCUUCGAAGGCCAGACCUUUUUGAUGGGGGCCUUUUAAAGCCUUGUAGAGGAAUAUUGCUAUUUGGGCCGCCUGGAACAGGAAAAACAAUGCUGGCAAAGGCCAUUGCAAACGAGGCUGGAGCAAGUUUCAUUAAUGUAUCCAUGUCUACCAUCACCUCUAAAUGGUUUGGUGAAGAUGAGAAGAAUGUUCGUGCUUUAUUCACACUAGCAGCCAAGGUCUCCCCAACUAUUAUAUUUGUUGAUGAGGUGGAUAGUAUGCUUGGGCAGCGGACAAGAGUCGGGGAACAUGAAGCCAUGCGGAAAAUAAAGAAUGAAUUUAUGACCAAUUGGGAUGGACUUACCUCAAAACCGUCGGAUCGCAUCCUUGUCCUGGCUGCAACCAAUAGGCCCUUUGACUUGGAUGAGGCAAUUAUUAGACGAUUUGAAAGGAGGAUUAUGGUUGCAUUACCAUCUGUGGCGAACAGGGAAAAUAUAUUGAGGACCCUUUUGGCUAAAGAGAAGGUGGACAAUAGACUUGAUUUUAAGGAAAUCGCAACUAUGACAGAAGGAUACAGCGGAAGCGAUCUAAAGAACUUAUGCACAACCGCUGCUUAUAGACCUGUUAGAGAGUUAAUUCAGCAAGAGUUAAAAAAGGAUUCGGAGAAAAAGAAGAAAGAUGCCGAAGGAAAAAAUAGCCAAGAUGUUCAUGAUGCAGAGGAGGAAGUUAAACAGGAAAGAGUUAUUACCCUUAGGCCUUUGAAUAUGGAGGACUUCAAAGUGGCAAAGAAUCAGGUUGCCGCAAGCUUUGCAGCUGAAGGGGCUGGAAUGAAUGACUUGAAGCAGUGGAAUGACCUUUAUGGGGAAGGUGGUUCAAGGAAGAAAGAACAAUUAUCUUAUUUCCUAUGA